UGUAUUUCGAUAGGUAAAACACCAUUGGCCUAAUGCGUUUGACGUCAGUGGGUUGAACUUCCGGGUAAGAGUAAUGUUGACGCAAUCCGCUGAAAGUUGAAGAGUGAAGCAGCGGCUUUAAUUAUUCUCUCUCAGACGGUUUGAUGAGACGGAUCAGUUGAGGUCAUCGAGGUGAAUGCAGAAUGGCCAGUGCAGCGGCCAAUGAGAGUUCAGCAGCAGCAGCAGCAGCAGCGAAUGGACAGACGGCAGGAGAGAACGGCAGUGGCGGCGGCGGCGGCAGCACUCAGGACAGCACGUUUGAGUGUAACAUCUGUCUGGACACAUCUAAAGACGCCGUCAUCAGUCUGUGUGGUCAUCUCUUCUGCUGGCCAUGUUUGCAUCAAUGGUUAGAAACCAGGCCGAACAGACAGGUGUGUCCCGUGUGUAAAGCAGGCAUCAGCCGAGACAAAGUGAUCCCGCUGUACGGCAGAGGCAGCACAGGUCAACAGGACCCCAGAGAGCGAACUCCUCCACGACCACAAGGACAGCGGCCGGAACCGGAGAACCGUGGCGGAUUUCAAGGCUUCGGCUUCGGAGAUGGAGGCUUCCAGAUGUCUUUCGGUAUUGGCGCUUUUCCGUUCGGGAUCUUUGCCACGGCAUUCAAUAUCAAUGACGGAAGACCACCUCCAGCGGCUCCAGGAACCCCUCAGCACACGGACGAGCAGUUUCUGUCCCGCCUCUUCCUGUUUGUGGCGCUGCUCAUCAUGUUUUGGCUGCUUAUCGCUUGAAGAAGGAUGACGGGACACGAUAAUCAUUCUUCCUAAAGAUCCACUCACUAAAAUCCCAGCAGUGCCGUCAGGUUCAGUAGUGCAGGCGUGUUUCUCCUGAUGGGAUUUUGAAAGGAAACUGGUUAACCCGUCUGGGGUCUUUUUCUGUGAAAGAGAUGGUGACUGCAUGUCUGUGAUACUGUCACAUGUGAUUGACUCUCCUGAUAAUGUUUGCUUUUCUUCCUAGAUUUUAAAUAAACUCCAGAGUCUUUAUUUCUCUUGGGAUCAGAUGGUUUAUUGGAUUCUUCUACAGUUACGGUGCCAAAUGAUGUCACUGGUGUUAAUAAAGCAAGUCUUGAUCAGAUUUGGAGAAAUCCUGUGAAUGCAUUAAUGUACUUCUGAACAAUAACCUCGAAGACUUUACAUUAACAUACAAUAAAGCAUACUUUUUUCCAUUCAAAUAAAAAGGUUUUAAAAGAUAGAGGCUUAACAUAAUUUAGAACUUUGUGAUAGCACAUGACAAUUUAUUCAUAUAAAAUCUAAAUGUUUAUAAUGUAAACUUUUGGAAACAUUUUGGGUGCAAAAUAUCGCUUGCCAUGUGGAAGGCGUAAGCACAUGUUGACUGUCAAGAUGGUGAUUAAAAUUAAUUUUAAACAUG